CUCUGUCUUAUCUAGCAGGGCAGACAAAUCUACAUGUUGCUAUUUUUCAGUAUGGAAUUUAAACAUUUUAACCAAAAUAUCUGUUUUCUUAACCCUAAAUAGGACAUAUCGCAAUUAAUUGUUUCUAUUAAUGUUUUUAAGCAGUUUUAAUUGAUAUGUAUUUGUAUGCAGGUGCUACGUAAUAAGGUUUGUUUGUGACGUCACCAUACAACGGAUAAUAAUAGAAACUUAUAGUGUUAAUUUGAUUUCGUGUAGGAUGAACUUCAAUUUUAUCUACGUAUUGGGACUAUGCAUUAGUAUAACAGAUGCAGCAGUUUCAGAAGAAUGGAGUCAAUGGACUAUUGUCGACACACACGGUGGCACUUGCCUUCGUCUUAGGACAAGGCACUGUGCAGAAACCUCUGUUAACUGUACAGACAAAGAAUUUUCACCCCUUUGUCCAGAUCCACCUCACUGGGAAGAAUGGAGUCCCUUGCAAUGUACUGUCCAUGUCCAAAACGGAAAGGCGUGCAUCAUUGCUAGAACCAGAAAUUGUUCUGUGCCGACUAUUAAAGACUGUCAGAGUAAUGAGAAGGAUCGUGUAAUACAAGUUUGGGGAGACAUGAAAACGUGUCCAUGUAGAGAAGGUGCAACAGUGACCACCAAUCAGGGAAAUCAGGGAACUGGUCAAUGGGGAGACUGGAGUGGUUGGCAAUGUCAAAAGACUGGGGAAAAUUGCUACAUAUUCAGAACCCGACAGUGUAGCGUUCCAGACACUAAGAACUGCCCACCUUCUGGCAGUAGUCAACUCAAGUUAUGGGAAGAUGCGUGCCCCUGUGGAACUGGAACUACAACAACAAAAUCUCCAUUACCAACCACAAGUGGUGUGAGCAACCAUUUUAAUACAAGUACAAAUGUUACCUCAUGGCUUGAAUGGGGCGCUUGGGAUUGUCACAACGUUGAUUUUGGUUGUAUGCAGUCAAGAUGGCGGCAUUGUUCUAAUUCACAGAUUGGUUGUAAAGGUGCCCAUUACGAGCUGGCAUUAUGUAAUCAAAAAAGCUGUACUGGGCACCUGAAUACCGGCUCCAGCUUAGGCCAUGUUUCAAGUACUGAGAGUUCAAUCAAACCUUCAUGGUCAGAGUGGGGACCAUGGGAAUGCCAUAAAGAACAAAUUACAUGCGUAUCGUAUCGGCACAGAAAUUGCUCUAGUGGGACAGAAAUAGAUUGCGAGAAGAAUAGCACAAAAGCUUACGAAAUGAGCGGAUGUGACGUCAGCUGCGCAAAUUCAUUAGUAAAGACAACAACAACUGAAUUACCAGAUGCAUCAGCAACGUCUGUUCCCGCAUUUGUUACGUCAACGCAAACCUCUAUUAUUUCUGCCGUUACAAAGACGUCACUGGCGGCCUUUGGUCCCUCAUCAGUCAGUCCUCUAUUUACAAAAUCACCAGCACCGCAAACUUCUCCUACUGCUGCCCUUUCAACAGUACUGCCAACUUCUCCUACUGCUGCCCUUUCAACAGUACUGCCAACUUCUCCUACUGCUGCCCUUUCAACAGCACCGCAAACUUCUCCUACUGCUGCCCUUUCAACAGUACUGCCAACUUCUCCUCCUACUGCUGCCCCUAUUUAUUGGUUGGAAUGGACAGGCUGGGACUGUCAAGAAACAUUGGGUUUGUGCUUAAUGAAAAACUUAAGAAAUUGCUCAACUUACAACCCAGAUGACUGUGAGGAUAAACUGGGUGGCACCCAUUACCAAGUUCAUCAAUGCAGAAAAGAAAUAUGCCCAGCUAAUUGGUUAGCGUGGGGAGAAUGGAAGUGUAAGAUGGGAUAUUACGGCGCUUGUAAUAUGACACGGACUAGGGAAUGUUCAACAGGCAUUUCUGAUGUAUGUGGACCAAAGUCAUCGGAGACAUCACCAUGUGAAAAACAAGUUUGUCCAGACAAGUUCGACCUACAUCAGUCGGGUAGAUGCAAAGGCUUUAAUAAAACUAGUUGCACCGAUGCCGUAAGUUGCAGUAUCAUUACUUAUAUGCAACAGCUCAUUUGUCAAUUUAAAGAUACGGCUUUUAAAGAUUGUCCGAAGGCAUGUGGUUGUUGUGAAGAUGAGCCCCACUGGUCGGAAUGGAGUGACUGGGAAUGUAACAGGUUCCCAAACAACACGUGCAGAAUGACACGGACAAGAAAAUGUUCAGCUGCCAAUACAAAUGAUUGCAAAGGAAUGUCAGAACUAAUAGCUGCGUGUUCUGAUAGCAUUUGCCCGGAAUUAAAUGCUUUAAUUGAGAACUGCAAAGAGUUUAAUGCAUCCUCUAUGAGGUGUGUAGACUUUCCAGGAUGCUCUUUAUUUGAACCAUACUCAGAUGCCAUAAAAGAUGUAUGUUCAGAGCCAGGAGAACUCGUAAAUUGUCCCAUUUUAUGUGGGUGUUGUGUGGCUCCAACCAGCACAACUGACAUCCCAACUGGCACAGGUGGCACAACUGACAGCCCAACUGGCACAGGCGGAACAACUAAUAGCCCAACUGGCACAGGCGGAACACAUAGCAACAUAACUGGCACAGGUGGAACACAUAGUAACGCAAGUGGCACUGACAGCACAACUAUUAGCCCAACUGGCAUAGGCGGAACACAUAGUAUCACAACUGCCACUGGCAGCUCAACUAAUAUCCCAACUGGCACAGGUGGAACACAUAGUUACACAAGUGGCACUGGCAGCACAAUUAUUAGCCCAACUGGCACAGGUGGAACACAUAAUAACACAAGUGGCACUGGCAGCACAACUAUUAGCCCAACUGGCACAGGCGGAACACAUAGUAUCACAACUGGCCCUGGCAGCACAACUAAUAUCCCAACUGGCACAGGUGGAACACAUAGUUACACAAGUGGCACUGGCAGCACAAUUAUUAGCCCAACUGGCACAGGUGGAACACAUAAUAACACAAGUGGCACUGGCAGCACAACUAUUAGCCCAACUGGCACAGGCGGAACACAUAGUAUCACAACUGGCCCUGGCAGCACAACUAAUAUCCCAACUGGCACAGGCGGAACACAUAGUUACACAAGUGGCCCUGGCAGCACAACUAAUAUCCCAACUGGCACAGGCGGAACACAUAGUUACACAACUGGCCCUGGCAGCACAACUAAUAUCCCAACUGGCACAGGUGGAACACAUAGUUACACAAGUGGCCCUGGCAGCACAACUAAUAUCCCAACUGGCACAGGCGGAACACAUAGUUACACAACUGGCCCUGGCAGCACAACUAAUAUCCCAACUGGCACAGGCGGAACACAUAGUUACACAACUGGCCCUGGCAGCACAACUAAUAUCCCAACUGGCACAGGUGGAACACAUAGCAACACAACUGGCACUGACAGCAUAACUAAUAGCCCAACUGGCACAGGCGGAACGCAUAGUAACACAAGUGGCACUGGCGUUGCAACUACUAGCCCAUCUGGCACAGGUGGAACAUAUAGUAACACAACUGGCUCUGGCGUUACAACUACUAGCCCAUCUGGCACAGGUGGUACGCAUAGUAACACAACUGGCACUGGCGUUACAACUACUAGCCCAUCUGGCACAGGUGGAACACAUAGUAACACAAGUGGCACUGGCGUUACAACUACUAGCCCAUCUGGCACAGGUGGAACACAUAGUAACACAACUGGCACUGGCAUUACAACUACUAGCCAAACUGGCACAGGUGGAACACAUAGUAACACAACUGGCUCUGACAUUACAACUACUAGCCCAACUGACACAGGUGGAACACAUAGUAACACGACUGGCUCUGGCAACACAACGAACAGCCCAACUGACAUAGGUAGCACAACUAACAGCACACCUGGCACAAGUGUAAUAUCAAACAGCACGCCGGGCACAAACGACACUUCGCACAAUGCAAAUGCUACAAAUACAGGCAACAAUAUUGCGACAACGCUGCUGACUACAACACCAGUUCCUGUGAAAACGACGACACAUAAGCCUCCAUAUACGAUUCCGCCAAGACCCACGACAUGCAAGGUAUGCUCGGGACCUCUCUUCCUCUGCGAAAAAUUGUACGUGGAUAAAACCUGUGAUGCGCCCAACAACUACUGUAUAAACAAACUGAGCAAUCAUAAAGACGGAACAAGAACGAUUACAAGAGACUGCGGAUCGUUUGACACGUGCUAUAGAGAUUGGUUUCUGGGAAGUUCAGACAGUGACAAAUGUCGUAACUUUGAGGACAACAAUAUUAUCACAUUGGACUUUGAUUGUACUUAUUGUUGUAUCGAAGACGGCUGCAAUGAAUCGAUUAGACCCUCGGAUAAAACUUUGUACAAAGAUUUAUAACAAAUAUAUGGUUUACGUUUCCAUA